CGUCCAGAUUCACUCACAGAGCCUUGCAUACGACGAGGCGACUGUUUAGUAACACGUCUGACGUUACACUUGCAAUGUAUUCUCGUUUUAAUCGUGUAAAGUGCAAACUCUAUAACUAUAGGUAGUUACUUAUAGUUAAACUAUUGAAUGAAAGCUGCAACGAAGAAGCCUAGUUGCUGCUUGAUUUAGCUGUCUAAUGUGUAUUAUUCGAUUAUUUACAUUUCCGGAAAUACUUCCGUCCAGAACCAUCCGUGCAACUUACUCUGUGAUAAGAGUAUUUGCCCUUUUAACCUAUCAGCUUGACAACUUUACUUCAGUAAAUUAGUGAUAUUAUUUAAAUUUUACUUUGCUUGGAAAUAUUCAAUAAUGUCGAUUCUACGACUUUUAUCGGACGGGCUGAGUAUCAUCACAAUAUCCAUGUGUUUGGUAUUGAAGGUUCCGCAAAUAAAAAAAAUACUUGACAGCAAAUCAGCAGUAGGCAUAUCUGUGAUGGGUUUAUUACUGGAAUUGACUAGUUAUACUAUCAUGACCUGUUACAAUUAUACCAAUGGAUAUGGAAUUCUGUCUUAUAUGGAUUAUCCAAUUAUCUUGAUUCAAGAAUAUGUUUUAAUAUUCUUAGUUCUCAAGUACCUGAAUCUGAUAAAUACUCCCAUGCUGCUGGCAGUAUUCGGUUAUUUUUUGAUCUUCAUUGGUUUGCUGACUAAUUCAUUACCAAAAACAAUUUUAACGAUAAUGGUGCCUUUAUGCACACCGAUAUCUGCAUCUAGCAAAGUUGCUCAACUCUUAGCUAUUUUAAAAGCUAAAAAUGCUGACGCUGUCUCUCCAAAAACAUGGAUGCUUUCUGCUUUUACAAAUUUAACUCGGGUCUUUACUACAUUCAUGGAUUCAGCGGAUAUAUUAUUGCUAGGAAAUUAUACCGUCUCUGUGGCAUUGAGUUCUUCAGUCUUAUUUGCUGCUCUUCAUUAUAGAAAAAUUGUUAAAAAAGAAGAAUAAGAUUACUUUUUACUCUGCUUUUUUGACUUCGUGAGUGCAUGCUUAUAGUAGUGAGAUCGAUGUUUAAUUCUAUGUUGCACUUAAUUAUUGAAUUCUGUUGAUAUAAAAUCAUCAUUAAAUCGGUAGAUGUUGCAAUUAGAAUUCAAUUUGACAAAGAGCUGUAGAACAGUUGUCAUAGCAUAAUCAUUUUUGCUUACUUUACGGGACAAAGAAGGAAUAAAUUAAUAUAAAAUAUACGAACAAAAUCUAACAAAAACGGAUGAACAAUGUAAUCUUAAAAACUUUAAAGCAAAAAUUUAAUAAUUUAAUAAUUUUUGCGCUGAAUAAUCAGUUCUUUUUAUUAGUCAAAAAAUGUAUAGAUGCCAUAUAUAAAUAAAA